CGUAAUUCUAUUAAGAUGCCCACAACACAUGCAGAAGAACAACAUAUAUAUGAACAAUUUUACCAGAUUGCGCACUUUCCUGAGGUAGUUGGCUGUAUAGACUGUACGCACAUACCAAUCAAGAAUCCUGGUGGUUUGGUUGCAGAAUUAUACCGAAAUAGAAAACGUACAUUCAGUAUAAACGUUCAAGUUGUUGCUGGACCAUCUAUGAAAAUUAUGGACAUUGUUGCAAGGUGGCCUGGAAGGGAACAUGACAGCAUGAUUUUUAGUAAUAGUUCAUUAAAAGCCAGAUUUGAAGUUGGGCAUUUGCAUGGAUAUUUGUUAGGUGACAGUGGGUACCCUUGUUUGCCAUAUCUUAUGACUCCUCUACUGCACCCAGAAAACGACUCCGAAAUUUUAUACAAUUCGAGCCAAAUUAGAACAAGAAACGUUGUAGAAAGAUUAUUUGGAGUGUGGAAAAGACGUUUCCCUUGUUUGGCGAAAGGGCUAGGAACUAAUUUAGAAACUACUUGCGUGAUAGUAGUGGCUUGUGCGGUUUUAUAUAAUAUAGGAAUUGAUUUCGGAGAGAACCUAGAUGAAAUUUUGGUGGAAGAAUGAGAUGCAAAUAUACCAGAAAACUUACAAAUAAGGGGAAAUGCGCGUCACUUUACAGAAUGAAAUAGUUUUAUUAUAUUAUGCUAUUAUACAUAUAUAACUAUAUU